GAACGUGUGCAUGAUAUCGCAUGAUUCUAUUAACUCGGAAAGAUCCAAUCCUUACUAUAAAGUUACGGAGACCGCGUUCCAGUGCUCGCCAGUGAUGUCUAGUUAGGAGUGUCACUGGGUUUUGAGACGCGCCCGUUGUGUUGAGCUCAGUCAGGAAUCUUCGCUGUUCUCUUCUUCCCCGAGGCUGAAUUUUUUAGGGAGGAGCUGUGACUCUCGGGAAGAUCUAGAGACUUUGGCUGAGGACAGCAGCAGGACUGAAGGACGGUUAAAUAUGGAUCCAGCAUCUCUUCCAGAGCAGCUGUCAGCUGUUAAUGAACAGGUGCUGAACUCAUCGGGCGGAUCGGUGAGCGCAGCUGUAAGUCUGCGCCGCUUCCUCUGCUACGGCUCUGAGAGCGCCACCUACAGCACCAGAGAGUGUGCUCUGGGCAUAGAGAGCGCCCUGGCCCUGAUGCAGCUCAUGGAGGGGGGGCGCGGCUGUGAGGUGGUGCAGGAGAUCAGACGCUCCAAUCUGGAGGGCCACGCUGUCCGUGCCAAGCCCAGCCUCUUCGCCCUCGCUGUCUGCUCGCAGCACGGCGACUGCAAGACCAGGCAGGCCGCCUUACGGGCGCUGAAGGACCUGUGUCGGACGCCCGCGCAGCUCUUCACGUUCGUGCAGUAUAAGAAAGAGCUGAGACAGGGCUCUGGGAUGUGGGGCCGGGCUCUGCGGAGGGCCGUGGCGGACUGGUACAACAGCCAGGACGGGAUGAGCCUGGCGCGAACCGUGACCAAGUGCAAGCACAGAGCGGGCUGGUCCCACCAGGACCUCCUCAGGCUGUCCCACAUGAAGCCGACCAAUGACACCGUUGCAGUUGUUUGCAAAUACAUCACGAAAGGCUGGAAAGGGGUUCAGGAAGCGUAUGGUGAUAAAGAGAACUCGGAGGAUGUGCAGAAGGUGUUUGAGUAUCUGGAGGCUGUGGAGAAAGCCAAGCGCUGCACUGAUGAACAGGAGCUCAUUCACCUCAUUGAGGAGCAGAGUCUGGAGAAAGAGCAGAUCCUGACCCACCACCUCAAGUCCAAAGAGGUAUGGAAAGCACUGCUGAAAGAGAUGCCCGUUGCUGUUUUAUUGAAGCAUUUGGGGAAGCUGACAGCAAACAAGGUUCUGGCAGCAGGAAGUGCUGAUGUUGCAGCUGUUUGUGAGAGGAUUCAGGAUGAGACCGCUCUGAAAAAGGCAAAAACACACCCCUUCAACAUUCUUGUGGCGUCUGAAAACUAUAAGAGAGGUCACGGGAAGCGUAGCAAACUGAAAUGGGAUCCGGACAGAGAGCUUGUUCAAGCCCUGGACUGCGCCUUCAGCAGAAGUAUUUCAACUGUGGAGCCCACAGGCAAGCGCUUUCUGGUGGCGGUGGAUGUAAGUUCUUCUCUGAGCAGCGUGACUCACGGCAGCUCCAUCAGCUCUGUGGCAGUGGCAGCGGCGAUGUGUUUGGUGAUAGCACAGACGGAGCCAGACGCGCAGAUUGUGGUUUUCUCUGAAGGAAGCGUUCGUCCCUGCGCUGUCUCUUCUGAUAUGACAUUUAUGCAGGUGGCAGCGCAGCUCAUCCAGACUCCUGGGGGCAGCACAGACUGUGCCUUACCCAUCACCUGGGCCUCAGAGAAUGAUAAAACUGUGGACGUCUUCAUCAUUUUCACUAAUAAUCAAACGUUUGGGAGGGAAAAUCCAGCAGACACACUGAAGACGUAUAGACAAAAAAUCGGUUUAUUUUCCAAACUGAUUGUGUGUGGAUUGAUUGCCAGCUCCCUGUCCGUCGCCGACCCUGAAGACCGUGGCAUGCUGGACAUCUGUGGCUUCGACUCGCAAGCAGUUGAUGUCAUCCGUAACUUCGCACUCGAUGGCAUUUAAAAGCUGUUUGUUUUGUAGCAUGCAGUCGGUUUUCUGAAAGGACAGUGAGACAUGGAUGCGCCCCACAUGC